AUGGCGACCGAACAUCGCUUGCCCACGCGCGAACGCCGCCCCUCGACCGGAGCUCCCAUUGUCGACAUCCAGGGCCCCGUGGGCCCGGCCGGCAUCUCGCGCCCCAAGCACAAGAGGACCUUUACCGGCUUCGGGCCCGGCGAGAUCAAGAGCGUCGAGGCCUCCAUCCCCGAGCCCCAGCGCGCAGCAUGGUCCAGGAACCAGAUCCAGAGCUUCACCGACAAGGAUGGCUUCGAGAAGGAGGUGGUACGCCACGUCGAGACCACCCUUGCUCGGAGCAUGUUCAACUGUGACGAGUCGGCCGCUUACUCGGCCACCAGCCUUGCCUUUCGCGAUCGCCUCAUCAAGGACUGGAACAAGACCCAGCAGCGCCAGACCUACCGGGACACCAAGCGCGUCUACUACCUCAGUCUCGAGUUCUUGAUGGGCCGCGCCCUUGACAAUGCCAUGCUCAAUGUCGGGCUCAAGGACGCUGCCAAGGGCGGCCUUGCUGACCUCGGCUUCCGAAUCGAGGACAUCAUCGGUCAGGAGCACGACGCCGCCCUCGGCAACGGCGGUUUGGGCCGACUGGCUGCUUGCUUCCUCGACAGCCUAGCCUCUCUCAACUACCCCGCCUGGGGCUAUGGCCUUCGCUACCGAUACGGUAUCUUCAAGCAGGAGAUUAUUGACGGAUACCAGGUCGAGGUUCCCGACUACUGGUUGGACUUUAACCCCUGGGAGUUUCCCCGCCACGACGUGACGGUUGAUAUUCAAUUCUUUGGCCACGUCAGCAAGACGACCAAGGAUGACGGCAAGACGGCGGCAAUCUGGGAAGGCGGCGAGAUUGUCCAGGCCGUGGCCUACGACGUCCCCAUCCCCGGCUACGACACCCCGACCACCAACAACCUUCGACUGUGGUCUAGCAAGGCGUCGGGCGGCGAAUUCGACUUUCAAAAGUUCAACAACGGCGACUACGAGAGCUCCGUCGCCGAGCAGCAGCGCGCCGAGACCAUCAGCGCCGUCUUGUACCCCAACGACAACCUGGAGCGGGGCAAGGAGCUCCGCCUGAAGCAGCAGUACUUCUGGGUGGCCGCCUCCCUCUACGACAUUGUGCGCCGCUUCAAGAAGUCGAAGCGCGGUUGGAACGAGUUUGCGGACCAGGUGGCCAUCCAGCUCAACGACACGCACCCGACGCUGGCCAUUGUCGAGCUGCAGCGCAUCCUCCUCGACAUCGAGGGUCUUGAGUGGGAUGUCGCGUGGGACAUUGUGACCAAGACGUUUGGCUACACGAACCACACGGUGCUCCCGGAAGCCCUAGAGAAGUGGCCCGUCGGCCUGGUCCAAUACCUCCUUCCCAGACAUCUCCAGAUCAUCUACGACAUCAACCUCUACUUCCUGCAAACCGUGGAAAAGGCAUUCCCCAAGGACAGGGACAUGCUCACCAGGGUCUCCAUCAUUGAGGAGUCGCAGCCCAAGAUGGUGCGCAUGGCUCACCUGGCCAUUGUGGGCUCCCACAAGGUCAACGGCGUGGCCGAGCUGCACUCGGACCUGAUCAAGACAACUAUCUUCAAGGACUUUGUGGAGGUUUACGGCCCGGACAAGUUCACAAACGUGACAAACGGCAUCACGCCCCGGCGAUGGCUGCACCAGGCGAACCCGCGCCUGUCGGAGCUGAUUGCGUCCAAGUGCGGCGGCAACGGCUUCCUCAAGGACCUGACGCAGCUCAACCGGCUCGAAGCCCACGCCAAGGACGCCGCUUUCCGGCGCGAGUGGGCCGAGAUCAAGUACGCCAACAAGGUGCGCCUGGCCAAACACAUCAAGAACGUGACGGGCGUGACGGUCAACCCGGCGGCGCUCUUUGACGUGCAGGUCAAGCGAAUCCACGAGUACAAGAGGCAGCAGCUCAACAUCUUUGGCGUCAUCCAUCGCUACCUGACGCUCAAGGGCAUGAGCGUCGAGGAGCGCAAGAAGCAGCUCCCGCGCGUGUCCGUCUUUGGCGGCAAGGCUGCGCCGGGCUACUGGAUGGCCAAGCAGAUCAUCCACCUCAUCAACGCGGUGGGGUCCGUGAUCAACAAGGACGAGGAGAUUGGCGACCUGCUCAAGGUCAUCUUCCUCGAGGACUACAACGUCAGCAAGGCAGAGAUGAUUUGCCCCGCGUCCGACUUGAGCGAGCACAUUUCCACUGCCGGGACAGAGGCAUCGGGCACGAGCAACAUGAAGUUUGUCCUCAACGGCGGGCUCAUCAUCGGCACCUGCGACGGCGCCAAUAUUGAAAUCACGCGGGAGAUUGGGGAGAGCAACAUCUUCCUUUUUGGAAACCUGGCCGAGGACGUCGAGGACCUCCGGCACGCGCACAAUUACGGGAGCCAUAGCAUCGACAGCGACCUGGAAAAGGUGUUUGGCACGAUUGAGUCGGGAACGUUUGGCACGCCGCACGACUUCAGCGCCAUGAUAGCGGCGGUGCGACACCACGGGGACUACUACCUGGUGUCGGACGACUUCCACAGCUACAUGGAGACGCACCGGCUGGUGGACGAGUCGUACCGCAACCAAGACGAGUGGGUGUCCAAGUGCAUCACGUCGGUGGCGCGGAUGGGCUUCUUCAGCAGCGACCGGUGCAUCAACGAGUACGCCGACGGCAUCUGGAACGUGGAGCCGCUGGUGGUGCAGGAGUAG